GCACAGGGGAAACGAUUCCCGGUCCUCUUGAUUUUCCACCCUCCCUGCUUCCUCCUAGUGAGUGAGCUACUGCGGUAACCAUGAGGGGACUUGGGGGAGAAACCCCCGAGAAGUGCUAGCGAGGAAGAAGAGCAGAGGAAGCGCAGCGAGAGGGAUUGAUCGGGCCGGAGUACAGCUGAGCCGCAGAGGCGCUCAGAGGAAGGCAGUCACCACACUGGACAGGACGAAAAGGAACCUGUGAGCUUUGAGAACUUGGCGGUUCAUUUCACUAGACAGGGAGUUUCUUCUGGAUCUGGCUGGAAGAGUUUUGUACCCAGUAACUAUGCAGGAAAGUUGCAAGAAUGUCAACUUUAAGGAUCUGCCAGUUCCUAAACCUAUCUUGAUUUCUAAGCUGGGACUUAGAGAAGAUCCAGCAGUAACUGGUCCUCAAAGCCCAGAAGAAAAGACCCCAUCAGACACAGAAUAUCCUGAUGUGGUGAUUAAGCUGGAACAAGAGGAAGAUCUGUGGAGUCCAGAUCAUCAGGGUGCUGAGAAGAGCAAAAUUCUGCCAAGUACCUGCUCAGCCUGUCCUGAUGGGAUAUUACAAAUGGAACAAAAGGAAGAGCCUGCUGAGGAUGGUGAGAUGUUCCAAAGUGUCCAUGCAGAGUUUCCUGAUGUGAUAAUAAAGGUGGAAAAUGAAGAUGAGCCUUCUGAAGAAUACAAGACCUUCCUUAGUACCCACACAGCAGGAUAUGGGCAGAUGAGCAUGAAUGACAAGUGUCACCAGCCAGGAAGUGGAGAAGGAAGAGUACCCAAGAAGGAGACUGUGGCAAGAAGGAUACUUAGGAGAUACCCAGGGAAGAGAGGAGAGCUAGCCGCUCCUUAUGGGGAUGAGAGCAAGCAGAAGCUUGAGGAAGAAACGACAUACACCAAUUCAGAUGUGAAGCCAUACAAAUGUUCAGUAUGUGGUAGAAACUUCACUAAAAAAUCCAGCUUCAUUAUACAUGAGAGGACACAUACGGGAGAGAAGCCCUAUGAGUGCUCGGACUGUGAGAAGAGCUUCAGCCGGAGAUCCAAUCUUGUCACACACAAGCGAACUCACACAGGAGAGAAGCCCUAUAUCUGUUUGGACUGUGGGAAAACGUUCAGUCAGAGCUCAAGUCUCAUUGCGCACCAAAGGAUCCACACGGGAGAGAAACCCUACCAGUGUGCAGAUUGUGGGAAAAGCUUCAUCUGGAGGUCCCAUCUGCUCCAACACGAGACAACUCAUACAGGAGAAAAGACACACACAUGCUCUCACUGUGGGAAAAGCUUCAAUCGGCGGUCGCACCUCCUUAUGCAUGAGACGGCUCAUACAGGAGAGAAGCCCUAUAAAUGUGCAGACUGUGGGAAGAGUUUCAGUCGGAAGUCGCACGUUAUUAGACACACAAAAAUCCACAUAGGAGAGAAACUAUAUAAAUGCUCAGAAUGUGAGAAGAGUUUUAGUAACAGGCCACGCCUUCUGAAACAUGAGCGGACUCACACGGGAGAAAGAAAAUACAAUUGCCCAUUUUGUGGGAAAAGUUUCAACCGAAGGUCACACCUUAUCACACAUGAAAGAACCCACACUGGGGAAAAACCCAAUAAAUGUUCAGACUGUGGGAAAAGCUUCAACCACAGGUCCCACCUUGUCAGACAUGAGAGAACUCAUACAGGGGAGAAGCCGUAUAAAUGCCCCGACUGUGGAAAAUGCUUCAACCAGAGCUCAGUCCUUAUAGUACAUAAAAGGACCCAUAGUGGAGAGAAACCAUACAUCUGCUCAGACUGUGGGAAAAGCUUUAAUUGUAAGUCACAUCUCCUUAUACAUCAGAGAACCCACACAGGAGAGAAGCCAUACGAAUGUUCCUACUGUGGGAAGAACUUCACAUUGAGCUCUCAUCUCCUUAAACAUCAGAGAACUCAUACUGGGGAGAAGCCAUACACAUGUUCAGAGUGUGGGAAAAGCUUCACCCUUAGCUCACAUCUUGUCAGACACAGGAGAACUCAUACGGGAGAGCGACCUUAUACGUGCACCGAGUGUGGGAAGAGUUUCAGUCAGAGCUCAGUCCUUAAGUCACACAGAAGAAUCCACACUCAAGAGAAACCAUAUAAAUGCUCUGAAUGUGAGGCAAGCUUCAGUCAGCGUGUAGGCCUCCUUAAACAUCAAAGAGCCCACAUGGAAGAAGUUCAUUAGAGGCAGACUCCUAGUAGAAACUUGUGCAGUGUUGGAGAUGUUUGGAGGUGAAAACCUACUCCUGUGGAAAUAAUAUACGUGCACUUUAAAAAAAAUCUACAGUGAAAUCCAUGAGCUGUAGUCCUGGUUACGCCUUAGCUCUACUGGGUUAGGAACAUAGGAAGCUGCCAUAUACUGAGUCAGACCAUUGGUCUAUCUAGCUCAGUAUUGCCUUCACAGACUGGCAGCGGCUUCUCCAAGGUUGCAGGCAGGAAUCUCUCUCAGCCCUAUCUUGGAGAUGCUUCCAGGGAGGGAACUUGGAACCUUCUGCUCUUCCCAGAGCUGCUCUAUCCCCUGAGGGGAAUAUCUUACAGUGCUCACACCUCGAGUCUCUCUUUCAUAUGUAACCAGGGUGGACCCUGCUUAGCUAAGGGGACAAGUCACGCUUGUUACCACAAGACCAGCUGGUUUUCUCUGUUGGAGGAAGGUAUUGAGAGCAGAUUAUCUUCACCCAUUCAUUCUCCAGGCAGGACAUAUGCAAGUUAACAGACUUGAAGUGUGUGUUGGGAGAAAUGCCCCUCCUACUUCCGAUUCUGCCUCUGUAGGCACAGUUUUAAAUUGUAUAUUGUUUUGCCACUAUGCCAGUGAAGCUUUGUCUGGAGGAGGAGGAGGAAAGCCAGAUGGAAUUGUGCUCAUUGGCGAGAAGAGGCAACUGGGCUUUCUUUGCAGACAUUCACCGAGGGAGAUGGGGUAGCUACAGAAGCCAGUCCGGAUGGCCAGACGCUAAAAAGGAGGGACCGUAGCCCAGGGGCGGGGCAUGUUGUCUGCAUGCAGGAAGUCCCUGGUUCAAUCUCUGGCAUCUCCAGGUGAGGCUAGGAAAUGUCAGUCUGACCCUCCGGAGAGCUGCUCCCUCAUGUCUACAUCAGAGUUCUCAAACGGGGGUCCCCAGAUGUUGUUGGAUGUUGUUGGCUGGGGAUGAUGGGAAUUGUAGUCUAAUAGCAUCAGGGGACCCAAAUUUGGGAACUAGUGUAGACAUUACUGAGCUAGAUGGACCAGUGGCUUGACUCAGUGAAAGGACUGUAUAAGGAAGCAGUGUGGUAACCAUGUCAGAUGUAUGUCCUUCACUUGCUACAGGCAAUCCAGACAGCCUGUCCUGACAAAAUGGCAGAUGCGGUUCAGUGUAAGCAAGUGUAAAGUGUUGCAUAUUGGGGCAAAAAAACCCCAACUUCACAUAUAUGCUGAUGGGGUCUGAGCUGUCGGUGACUGACCAGGAGAGGGAUCUUGGGGUUAUGGUGGACAGCUCAUUGAAAGUGUGCGGCAGCUGUGAAAAAGGCCAAUUCCAUGCUAGGGAUCAUUGGGAAGGGGGCUGAAAAUAAAAAUGCUAAUAUUAUCAUGCCCUUAUACAAAUCUAUGACCAUGGUAUGGCCACAUUUGGAGUACUGCGUACAGUUCUGGUCACUGUAUCUUAAGGAAGACAUUGUAGAACUGGUGCAGAAGAGGGCAACCAAGAUGAUCAGGCUGGAGCACCUUCCUUAUGAGGCAAGGCUACAGCAUCUGGGGCUCUUUACUUUGGAAAAGAGGCAACUAAGGGGAGACAUGAUCAAAGUGUAUAAAAUUAUGCAAGGAGUAGAGAGAGUGGUCAGAGAGAAAUGAUUAUCCCUCUCACAUAAGACUAGAACCAGGGGUCAUCCCAUGAACCUGAAGGCCAGGACAUUUAGGACCAAUAAAAGGAAGUACUUUUUCAUACAGCACAUAAUUAAUCUAUGGAAUUCUCUGCCACAGGAAGUGAUGGCCACUAGCUUGUAUGGCUUUAAAAGGGACUUGGACAAAUUCAUUGACAGGUCUACUAGUCUGGAGGCUUUAGACCAGCUCCAGCCUUGGAGGCAAGAUGCCUCUAAAUACCAGUUGCAGGGGAGCAACAGCAGGAAAGAGGGCACCGCUUGGCUGUGGGCUUCCUAGAGACAUCUCGUGGGCCACUGUGGGAAACAGGCUGCUGGACUAGAUGGGACUUAGGCCUAAUCCAGCAGAGCUGUUCUUGUGUUUUUAUUGUGCUUCUGCUGAGGUGUGUUGCAUUUUAUGAGCACUCAAUGUGCUAUAUUUUUACCUGGGGAAAAUGUGAUCUCUUCUCCAGCAAGAACAUCUAUCGCUUCAGAGUAUGGUUAUGGUCGUGGUCUGGACGCAUACUAGAUAUAAACAGGGGGAAACCAACACCUUUGUCCCCUGCUUAUCAGUUUCCACAUCGGGCUUGUCACUGCUGGAGGAAGAAUGCUGGACUUGGUUUGAUCCAUCAAGGCUUAUGUUCUUAUACCAGAUUUGAAAUGUUCAUUUGGAAGAGGUCUCAGCUUGUCCAUCAUGAUAACUACCAAUGGAGCUUCCUUGUAUAAAGACGGUGCACCCCUGAGUACAAGCUGUUGGGGGCAAGCAACAUAGGAAGGCAGGUACCUUUAUGUCACGCGAGCUUUCCUGGAGGCAGAGUUGGCCCCUGCUUGAAACAAACAGAUCAAACAGCUUUGACCUGCUCCAGCAAGAUAGAGAUGGUCAGUUGCUUAAGCCUGGGGUGAGCCUUGGCUCAGCUGCUUGGGGACCAGACCCCUUCUCUCAGCCAUGACAUCACCACCACUCCAACCACCAGCAGUUUGACCACAGAGCCUCUCUUCCCCCAUCCCUUGCAGCCCCCAUAUGCUAGGCUCAAGAUAUUAGUAUGGAUGGAAUAGUACCUGCAAAGUGCUGUUCGAACUGAGCAGAUAAAUCCUUGGAACUGCAGGGCAGAGAGAAACAAAACUAGGAACAGUGGCUGGCAUCCUGACUAAUGGUGUGUUUGUGCAGCUACAACUACUACAAAUAUGUAUAUACCGCUUUUCAACAAAAGUUUCCAAAGCAAUUUACAUAGAUAAAUAAUAAAUAAAUUAAUCAAAUGGAUCCCUGUCCCCAAAGGGCUCACAAUCUGAAAAGAAACAUUAUAGACACCAGCAACAGCCACUGGUGGGGUACUGUGCUGGGGGGUGGAUAGGGCCAGUUGCUCUCUCUCUGCUAAAUAAAGAGAAUCACCACUUUAAAAAGGCGCCUUCUUUGCUCAGUUAGCAGGGAACAGCGUUGCACUAGCACAAGAAGAUCACAGAGCUGGGCUAAAGCAUGGGGAUUUUUGGAAUUGUGCAGAAGUUCCCUUUGAAACAUAGGAUGUAGGCCACAAUUUGUGCACCUGUUAUGCAAGCACAAACAUUUUUGCACGAGUGCAACACUAGACUGGACUGCAAGCUGCAGACUUUACAAAAUUUGCCUGCACAACAUCUUUGCACAAGCAGAAUGUCCAUUGCAAGCACACUUUUAGUCAGGAUGUUGGCCAGUGUGGUUUUUUUGAUAAAUCGGUUUAAAAUAUUGCAAAUACUUAAGAAUGUAAGAACAGCCCUGCUGGAUCAGGCCCAAGGCCUCUCUAGUCCAGCCUUCUGUUUCAAGCAGUGACCCACCAGAUGCCUCUGAGAAGCCUACAGGCAAGAGGGGAGGGCAAGCCCUCUCUCCUGCUGUUGCUUCUGUAAGGCACAACUAGUGGUUGGAGCAAACAAUGUUCAAAACAAAACAAAACAACUGUUUAAAGAACUAGGCCAAUGCUGGUUACUGACACAACUGUGAUCACCACAGUCUAUGAACACUUUUCCUUUACAGACUGAAGUUGCUAAUGUGACAGAUGCUAACCCCUGUUACCUGGGCAAGAGACACUUUUUAAAAUGUGGUGGCUCUUUUAUAUUUAACAGGGGGACAGCAACCACCUUCAUUCAGCCCCAGCACAGCGUCUUUCAGUGACUGUUGCAGAGGGCAAAUAUUGUAUCUCUUUUUAGACUGUGAGUCCUUUGGGGACAGAGAACUAUCAUUCCUUGAUAGUGAGCCCCUGGUGGGUCCACUGAGGAGCCCCUGGUGGCACAGUGGUAAAACUGCCGCCCUGUAACCAGAAGGUUGCAAGUUCGAUCCUGACCAGGGGCUCAAGGUUGACUCAGCCUUCCAUCCUUCCGAGGUCGGUAAAAUGAGUACCCAGACUGUUGGGGGCAAUAUGCUAAAUCAUUGUAAACCGCUUAGAGAGCUCCGGCUAUAGAGCGGUAUAUAAAUGUAAGUGCUAUUGCUAUUGCUAUUGCUUUUUCUAUGUAAACUGCUUUGAGAACGUUUCCUUGUGAAAAAAUGGUAUAUAAAUAGUGUACAUCAAUGCAGGAAAUAGUCAUUUUUAAUAUGGGUGCUGCUUCCUGAAAAAGGCCAUUUCAUUCUAAUAAGCAUGCAUUUUCUCAUUCCUAUGAACAGAUGUGCAUUAGUAGUAGUAGUUGAUCACUACUGUAGCCCAAGUAAAAACAGCAUAUGAGUUUACUAUUACUCGAAAUUGGUGAUUACGACAUAGAUAAGAGCAUUAAAACCUUGCAUUGUCAAAAAGUGCAGUGAUUACAGAGAGAUGUAAGUAUCUUAUGUGGAACUACACUACAAUAAUUAGGCUAUAAACAGUUUAGGCUGUGCCCUGAAGAAUGACUAGAGAUUGCUGAAGUCAUGACGGACAGCUCUCUCAGUGGCUAGCUGGUGCCAGAUGUUGGGGACCAAAAAAAAUCAGAAGACAGUUGUGGCCUUUAUGCUCUCCUUACAUGCUUCCCGUGGGCACAUGCCUGAAAACAGAAUGCUGGACUAGCUGGUCUUUUUGUCUGAUCCCGUUCUUAAAUCCUCCAAACAAUAAUGGCCAACAUCCUGACAUUUGUGUGCACCAUACACAGUGCUAGCAUCCUCAUUUCUGAAGUGCUUUUACAUGCAGGGUGUUUAUACCAAUCUCCCCUUCCCCAGAAGUGCUCUGUGUAACCCAGAGGUGGUUCCCUCAGGGUUUCUCAACCCUUUUGAACCUACUUCCAGGUUGCACGGAGUGCUUCCAGGGCAAGGGGGUCAGCAAAAAUCUCUCUUUCACACACG